CCGCCUUGUAUUUUUUACUUCACAGUCGCCAUUAUCGGUAACUCUUGUUGUUAAAGAGUACAUCUGGACUACUUUUGACGGUUUUAUUCCUCUUUUGUGGAUUUUAGUAAGGAAACCCUUUGAAAUAUAAUAGAGUCAUGUAUGGACUAUGACUGCAGCAAAUUCUGCAGCGAAUGGUGCAAGUUUAGAAGAUUGCCACACGAAUUUGUUUGCACUGGCCGACGUGCAUGGGAUCAAAUGGCGUCGAUUUAGCUACCAAUACCUGUCGGCCGAGCCCGUAGGCCCUCUCGAGGACCCGGUGCUUUUGGCAUAUUCACAAUGCCUGGCGUUAAAUAUGCUUAGUGCUUGGCGUCGGGUACCGUGUACCAAAGUAAGUAAUGAACCAGGAACACCUGGAGGGCAAGACAAGACUGAGCAAGGAGUAACCAAAGAGCUGUGGAUCUAUUGGUAUGGAGAUGAUCCAAAUUUUAGUGAGAUCAUCCCAUCCGAGUUACAUUUCGAAGAGAAGAAAAAUUGGGAUGACGGGUUGUCAUACGAGUGUCGGACAUUGCUGUUCAAAGCAUUACACAACCUUAUUGAGAGGAACCUCUUGGGCCAAAACUUUGUGCGCAUCGGGAAAUGGUUUGUGAGGCCAUAUGAGAACAACUCGAUGAAUGACAGUGUCACGGAUCAUCUGUCCGUGUCCUUCUCAUUCUUCCUUCAUGGUGAGAGUACCGUGUGUACCGCGGUGGCCAUCAACCAGCACCAUCCCAUUCACCACCUUAGUAUGUACCAUCUGAAUGCAGCGUUGGAAUCAUCCACUGAUUUUCAAGUGAUUUUAUGUCCGUAUGGUCUUGCUGGUAUACUGACAGGACAGUAUUACAAUGGCAAUGAGCAGUGUGCGGAGAAGGUGCUCUCCGAAUGGAAGCAGUUCUUCCCAUUGGCUCCAGGCUUCACCAAGGAGGAUCCCGACGGAGAGUUGGACGAUAACGCUACGCCGGCUGUAGUUGAAGUUCUCGUUGGUGGUGUACGGAUGUUGUACCCAUCCAAUUAUGUUGUGGUACCACACAAUCUUGAGCUGCCAAACCAACAGCACCCUUUGGCAUCCUACCCUCAAGUUGGCCUGCCUCCAAAGGGGCCAGUUGGGCCACUAUCUUGUCCUUCAGUUCCUUUGACACCGCCAACCUCGCCGCCAGAGCAUCAACUUCCGGGUGAAGCCAAGAUCACAGUGAUGCAGACCAGCAACUACGCCUCUGCAGAUAUGGGGAUGCCUGCAGACUUUAAUCUCUCACCAAGUGCUAUCGCAAAGAGCCUAGCCAACCAAGUUUGGAAAGAUUGCUCCGUCACAAAGGAUAAAGACAUUGACAGCACUACAAGUGCGGAGGCUCUGAAUGCUGCCGCAGGAUUGGAUGAAAAUGACACAGAAACUCAAACUAGUAAACUGCUUGAUGCGAUUGGAUCGUGGCAUUUCACAGAACCAACCAGGAGGGCAUCGUGUGGAUGUACCAGGAACCGAAAUUCCAAAAUGAAAGCAGCUUUAGUUCCACUGGGCACUAAGGUUCCGGCUGCGAAUUCUCCACCUACGAAACACAAAUCGGAUUCUAAGCAAGACAAGCAACAGCAGCAGCGCUCAAGGCCAAUAACUUUGUUUCAUCACCGAGUGCCAAUGGCCGAGGAUUUUUAUUCAAUGGAACAGGAAGCAAUGUCUCACCGAUUGGGUGUGCCAGUAGGGGGAGUUGUGUCAAUGGACAGCAAAGCUAAACCAGGCUCUGGAAAUCAUUUGAUGCGGUCGGAUUCGAAUCAACCUCAGACACCGCAAUCGGCGGCACCGUCGCCUCUCACCGCCCCUGUUAAUCAAUCAUUAGGUGUUGGUGAGCGAACCAUGCCCACUCUCAGCCCUUACCCUCCACCGACGCGGGCCGGUAGUGAUUCGGGGACCCCAACGGCCGGUAACGCACCCGUCAUGAAAACGGAGCCGUAUCCCGUAUCUUUAGAAAACAAAGAUCAUGUGUUUACAGAACUUGCCAAAGGUGAGAGGACUUCAAAUAAAAAAUCUGUUGAAGCAGAUGAAAAAUCCGAGGAUGAAGUAUUAUGGAGACGGUUUCAAUUACCGUUGAACUUUAAAAGGCCGUUGUUGCCAAAGACUAAUCUCGAAAUGGAUGAUCAAGCUGAUAUUCUGUUGGACACUCUCUAUGAAGCUGAUAAUAGUGAUGAAGUGUUCUACCAACCACAUAAAAAGUUGCGGCAGGAAAAGACGUAUUUAUAUCGCAGUGACUUAUUGCCAGGCAUCUAUGAUGAUAGAAGGCCUUUAAGACUGCCCUCACCAGAUAUUGACCCUUAUGCAUUUGAAGAGUCCGAUAUAACAUCGCCAAAUAGUGGUCGUACAAUGCCAGCUUACAAGAAAGCUAAUGCAAAGGUCAGACCAAGGAGAAGGGGAAGUUUUAAGGCUAAACCAGAUAAAAAGAAACAGGAGGAAGAGAUGAAACAGAGACAAGGUUGUGAGACGGACCAACUGAAUUCAGGUGCCUUACCAUGUCUUGCCUCACCGACAGACCCCAUAACAGAUGGCGGUCAGCAGCAUAUGCACCAAAGGAACUCAUCUUCAUUUUUUCACGAAACAGACUUGGCUGUCACCAAUCGGGAUUUGGAUCAACUGUUUGACAGUGACGGAAGCGACGAUGACCCAGGGGAACCAUUUGAAGACUUGAAAACACCUGGACCCACAAUUGAUGACAAUAAUAAACCUUGUAUGGGAAAUUCCCUUUCUAGUUCCACUGGUGUUCCAGGCACCACUGGGCCAGAGUUAUCACAAAUGUUCCCAACACCGCCCUCAUUAGAACAGCAGCACACAGCUUUUUCUCCAGUCACACCGGGUACUGUGGAGUACACAAAUCCAGGAUCAGCAGGCAUGACGAUACUUGAACCACCGGUAAUGGUUAAUGGUGAGCUGACGGAGGUCGAGGUUGAUGAGGAUAUGGGAAGCCCAAAACCUCAUAUCAUAGAGGAUUGGACAUAUGUAUUCAAGGUGUCACAGGUGGAGAAAUUUGUAGGACCAAGUAUGUAUGCACCACUCAAGAAUCUACCUAGCUCCAAGCUACCACCCUUUAGAAUUCCAGAUAAUUGCUACUAUAAGGCAUCUUGGCAGCUUCCCUCUACAAAAGUGGACUACCCGAUGUCAAUUAAAGAUAGCCUGAUGGUUGGGUUGAUACACAUGGACCAUGGUCCUGGAAGCGUGGCUCGUCCAGCAUCAGUUGCCUCAAUGAGCAUGCAAUCGCCAGCCACUUUUCAGGAGCCGAGGAGUGCGCAUAACCUUGAGUUACAGAGUCCUGCAUCGGAGGCAUCAUCGUAUGUGAAAAACUUGAACUCCAUCGAAGCACCGGCGUCGACAAGCGUUUAUCCUGAGGUUGAUAGCGUUUUGGUCAAUUUAAUCCUGUCCGAUUCACUCAUGAAUAUUUAUAAGGAUCGUAAUUUUGAUAGUUGCGUGAUUUGCGCGUGUAAUAUGAACAUAAAGGGUGCAGAUGCGGGGAUGUACCUUCCCGACAACUUUGCCCAUAAUCAGUACAAAUGUGUGUGUGGCUUCAGUGCGGUUAUGAACCGAAAGUGCGCUCUUGUGAGCGGCCUGUUUGCGGAGGAUGAGUCUGAAGUGACCGGACAGCCCUUGAACGGUGCAUUGUGGGCAUGCUCUAAAGCGGGGCUAAAUAUGAACCCUACGACGGGGAAAGACACCGUCACAAAAGGCGCUGGGAAAGAUUCAGUUCUCAGUACAACAGAGAACCUUGUUAAAAUGCUUCAGGAACAGUGUAACUCGCCUUACUCUACAUUGUGCAGAUUAAACAGUAUUAGAAGCAGGAGUGGCCAUAGUCAUAUGGAAAAGUUAAAGUUACAUUUUGAAAUAGAAGAUGGCUGUGAAGCGUGCUAUACAGCUAUCGAAGAGGGUCGUCAAUUUGCUGAGUUCGGUAGUAGUCGUCCAAGUCAUGUCUUAAAAACGGAACUCUUACACAGAUGGGCAUUCACUUGCCAUCCUCAGAAAAACUGUUUAACGACACAGGGACUGAUGAGGGCGCUGUCAUCCAUGCAGCCGUUGUUGCAAGAUGCUGUACUGAAACGUGGCAAUAGAAGAGCCUGGGAGAAAGUCUACACUGUUCAGGGACCUUUGACCUGGCAAUUUUUCUUUAAUUGUGCCAUCAAAGGUCCUCAACAAUCUUCGCAACCAUUACCCAUUCCACCGUUACUGGUAGGGCAUGACAAAGAGUGGCUGUCCUUCUCACCCUAUGCACUCCGUAAAUGGGAGAAAUUAUUACUUGAGCCUUACAGUUGCCCACGAGACAUCGCAUAUUUAGUUGUAGCCCCUGACGACAAAUUCAUUCUCCAAAAGGCCAAGGCAUUCUUCAAAGAGCUUAGUGCAGUCUACGAGACCUGUAGAUUAGGAAGGCACGUUCCAAUUGCUUAUAAACUGCGCGACGGUAUUUAUCGCAUCGGAAAGAAAGCAGCCGCUAAGCUCCAUCACGAGCCUGUUGACAGCUGGUUCACAGAUUUGGGUUCUCAUCCAGAUGCUUCUAAGUUAAAGCUGUAUGCUCAAGUCUGUAAACAUCAUGUUGCUCCAUUCCUAAUGAACGAACAAAUCGACCAGACCAUAUUCUCACGAGGUCGACCGGAGCGAGUCAGUGGUGGUGGUGGUGGUGGUGCAGGAGCAAAGGCCAACAACACCAGCACCAACAUGUACAACUCAACAGCAGCAGGGGGCAGAGAUGGUGACAUGGGACCCCCAGCUGCCCCAGCUCAAACAGGGUGUCAAGAUAAUGCAGAGGUUGUCGAUAACAAGGAAAACCCCAGCUUCUCUUUAUCGGGCGACAACACCGACAACAUCCAUCCUCCGGCAAUCGUCAUCUACAUGAUCGACCCAUUCUCUUCCAAUUACGAACCGGCAGGUGAAUACAACACGUUAGCUACUGUGGGCCUUGUACGAUGCUUCAUGGAGAUGUUCAGGAACCUCGACGAGAAGUUAAAGCGCUCUGUUGUUUUGCAGAUUGUUCCAGUGUCCAAAAUAAUCCAUACAAUGAACAGCGACCUCAAUAGUCCAUCACUGGAUGAUACCAAAUGCCUAGCCUUCUCCGUGUUUUCGCAGUGUAGAAAGAUUGUGACGCCAACGCUACUUAGUAAUAGCAUGACAGGGUUUGGACCAACGGCAGAGUUGGAAGCAAUUCUGAAAUCAAAGGGGGACUCAGCUUCCCAUCUACAGAGGCUAUAUACGCCACCCUACGUGCUAGCACCAAUUAAGGACAAACAGACCGAACUAGGGGAAACAUUCGGGGAGAGACAGCAACAGUGGGGGGAGCUGUUCUGUGUUUAUUGUUUAUCACAUGACCAAAGAUGGAUUCUCGCCACAUGUACUGAUAACAAAGGCGAGACUAUGGACACUAAAGUAAUCAGCAUUGACGUGCCAAAUCAUACGCGCCGUAAAAAGGUCUCUGUACGGGAGAUCGCCUUAGGCAAGGUCUGGGAUUUUAUGAUGGAGGUGAUGUGUAAAGCUGCCCAUCCAUGGAGGCUAGUGGUUGGCAGGUUUGGACGGCUCGGCCAUGGAGAGCUCAAAGAUUGGAAUAAGUUGUUGAAUCGUAAGUCGUUGGCAAAGCGGACCCAGCAACUUCACGGGUGUUGUAGUAUGUGCAAUAUAACCAAUAAUUCAGAGAUUCCUUGCAUACUUAGUGCCUGCCUUGUGUCAAUCGAACCCGAGGCUACCCUCAAGCUCAUGUCAGAUUCAGCAGCCGAUAAGCUAAGUAAAGUGAGCCAGGUUCAACAGUCGAAUAAUACCCUGAGCACCCCUAAGGACGCCACCUGCACCCACAUCCUCGUCUUCCCAACUAGUGCUACCACCCAAGGGGUCACUCACAAUGACCAUGCAUUUGAUUCGAUCAGCGAGAGCAUGCUUCAGGCGGAUGGUCUCCUAGAGCUUGGCCAAGACGAAGGGCCACUAGAUUUUGCCAAACUUUUUGAUCUGCCUUCUUCUCCCGGUCUGGAGGAUGCCAUGAUGGACGAACCUCUUCAAACGAAUGCUGCCUCAUCACCCACUCAUAGACAGAACUCAUUCCAAGGUGCAGAUCCAGCGGUAAAGAAUCCCAGCGGUCUUCAUGUUCUUCAGAGUGAAUCUGAAGAAGCAGUUCUUCAGCAACCACUUGCCCUGGGCUACUUCAUCUCCACCGCUCAGACUGGUCCACUACCCAAGUGGUUCUGGGCUUCCUGUCCCGAAGCUGAAAACAGUUGCCCCGUCUUCCUGAAAGCUGCUCUGCAUGUGAACACAUCAACGGAACACCAGAGCCAAGAUCCAUUGCAGGCCAACAAGCAAUCUUGCCAUCCUCUAGAUUCAAACCUUACCACUGAUGUCCUUAGGUAUGUGCUUGAGAACUACAACAAUCUGUCAUGGCUGUCGGUAGAUCCUGCAACCGGAGACCGCCAAUCCUGCCUUCCUGUCCAUAUAUUAGUACUCAUGCAGCUGUAUAACACUAUAGCAGCUCUUCUCUGAUUCGCUCCACCAGUUGUGAAAGCAACAGCCACAUGAAAAUUCGCCAAUAAGAGCUGUCAUUGUUUACUUGAACGACGGUAAUGCCAGCAACAAAGGGGAUGAUGCAAGUGCCAUCAACAUAAUCCAGUUUAUUACCAUGUGUAUUUUGUGAUUAAUUAUUAUCUAUGGUUUGAGUUUGAUAAAUCUGCCAAUUUUUUUUCAUCUAAAACAAUAUUAUUAUUGAUCCAAAAUUCAAUACAUCAAUUUAUUUAUCAAAUUCAAUCAGUUGGUACAAAAAAUUGCAAUCGAAUAGUACCAUCUGAAUAUGCAAAAUUUGUACCAAGAGGUUACUAUGUAGUUUUUUGUGUAUGUAUGGGCAUUAUGAUUAUGCACAUAAUGUAAUUGUCCAAAAUAUAUAGAAUAUGGAAUAGUCUGGUUGAAAAAUGAAAGUAAUGCUGCCCUCAAAGUCUACAAGUAAUUUUUUUUUCUCCUGCAAUGUGCCUUGGUAAUGUACUGUACGUUCCCGACUGUUUUUAGAUGCGUGAAAGUUGCACCAGUUAAGAACGCUAAUUGUUUUCCAGCCCUUUUUCUUUCAAGAGUGUUAUCCAUUGUUGAAACCAACUCCUUCAUGUUUAGCAUUUAUCAGAACAAGUCUUUCCGAACCUAAUUUGAUUAACAGUGCUUCAUCAUUUUUGCUUCAUCUACAUAAUGUCAGUCUUAGUAUUCAAUCACCUGAUACGCUGAAAUAUCCUGAUUAUAUCUGAAUGUAAAGCUUGCAAAUUAUGUUUUAAUAAGAGAAAGCUUACUUCUCAGGAAAAUUAUUUUUUUUUUGUAUCAUUGUUCUGAUAACUGAAAAUAGUGCUUGCGUCUUUUGUGUUGUCUUCUGUCUAUAAAUCUUAUUCUCGGGUUGUCUUGAGUUUUUCUUUGUCGGGUUUAUGAUGAGUUGCGCUCUAAUAUACUUUGUGUUUUUUGUUAAAAAAUUUUCACCGGAGAAGGCAAAAAUUUAAUAGCAUAUUGAUGAUCUGUCUUUCACAAUUAAGUUUUAUGAUCAUUAAUUAUUCAUGAACUACCAAUUUAGAUUGUGAACUUAAUUCUAAUUAGUAUUAUGUUUGGUUGACUCUUAAUUCUUAAUUCACAUUAAAAUAUAAAAUGUAUUUUUGGUGCAGUCUUUAAUCAAAUCUUUCCUCUGGGAAUUGGGAAUGAUAGUGUUUUGCAUAAAUUAUCAAAUCAAUUAUUCAUCAUUUGAUUGAUCAAUGAAUUUUCCAAUAUAUCUAUAAAUUCUUACAAGAUGAUAUAUAGUUAUGAAUAAACGUAAAAAAAGAGCAAUAUUAAUGUAAAAGGUUCUAAAUCUAAAGAAAUAUAUGAAAUACCAGGUAAGAUAUAUACAUGAUAUGAAGAGGAUUGUAAAUUCAAAAGAGAAACUAAUAUAUCACAAUUUUGAAUGAAUGCCACAACUAUUUUUGAUAAUAUUUCAAAUGGCAGACUGUUAUAGUUUUAAUGGCAUUUUCUAUAUCAGAACAAUCUAUAACUUAUUACUAUUGAUACUACAAAAGUAGUGAAUUAUUGCAGUUUCUAUUUUGUAAUCUUAUAAAAGUAUAAGAUAGAAGAUGCUGUUGGAUACUCAAAAUAGGACGGGCUGUGCCAUUCGUCACUCAAAAAGAUAGACAAACUGCAUUAUUGAAACAAUAUGGGCUGCCCUGAUUCGUCACUUCUACUAAGACAAGCUGUGCCAAUUGUCGCUUAAAAUGUUACAAGCCUAGGCAUUGGUUACUCAAAGUAGAGAUGGAUAUCAUUGGAUUAUGUAAAAUAAGAGGGGCUACGUCAUUGGUUGAUUUUAAAAGGUAUACUAUUAUAUUACAUACCAGUUAUCCGAUUCCUGUAAUAUAGCAUUGAAUUAAUUUUAUUUUAAUGGUGUCUGGAUGUAUUGUUUAUUAUGCUUUCCAUCCAAAAAUAGCCUGUCUGAAUGUGUGUGUGUGUGUGUGUGUGUGUAUGUAUGUAUGCAUGUGGUAUAAAGGGAUGUAUGUAUGUCAGAGUGUAUGUGUGGAUGUUUGUUUAUUUAUGCGUGGCGAGACAGUAUGAGAAUAAGAAGAUAAAUAUCUACAUGUUAUAUGUAUAAGUUAAGUUUGACAUUCAGAGUGUAUAAUUGAUUUGAGGAGAGGGAUUGGGUGUCUGGGAGAAAGUAGUUAAUGAAAUAAUUACAGUAUAAUAAUAUAUCAUUACCAGAAAACACAAAGUUUAAUUAUCUACAAUGUUGUUUUAUUUGUUUUUAUUUUGCUCCAUGCGUUUAAUAAUUAACAAUUGUGUAAUUAUAAUGAUACAAAUUGUUACUAUUGUAUGUAUAUGAUUUUGAUUGUAAUAAUUGUUAUUUAUAGUUUUCUGAUAAUAUAUACUAUCUGGUGUAGAAAGUCUAAAAUUAAUGUUUGAACCCCUGGUAAAUUCUGAAGAGGGCACUAUUUAAUUUCUCCUUGAUGAUAUUCCAAUCGUGGGAAUGAACAAUGUUGUGUAAUUUUUUUUUUUAUGAAAUGCAAUGCGAACCCUAUGCAUAUGUGAGUGAGUGGCAGAAACUAUGCAUCAAACUGCCAGUGUAUCUGCAAAUUCAUACAGUUAGCCCUCUGGCGUCUGAUUGGCCCGUUUUUGAAGUCAUGUAACUUAUAGAACACGUAUUUGGUUCCCUUAUAAAUUGUCGUCAUGCAUCUGAUGACGGAAAACUGAUGCGAUAUACUUUUGACCUUGGCUUCUUAUAAAUUAUUAUACUUUUUAAAUAUGAUUCAAGAAAAAAAGUGUUCUCUUUAAGUCCAAGUACUGUAAUGUUUCCUUUUUUUUGGCUUUGAAGCAGAAACUAUUUUGGGGUAAUGUUUCAGGUCAUUCAGAAGAGUGUAUGUGUGUGCUAUUUUUUGUAAAGAAACACGAGCAGUUUCUUCCUGUAUUUUUCAGUUUGUGAUUACCCAUUUUUUAUCUGUCUACAAAAAUCAUCAUAAGUGACUAAAAUCUUAUCAACUAAGCGGCUUUUGUAGAAUUCUGUCUUAAUACUUCUGAAGUAUUUCACAUAAAGACUAUAUCUAGCGUAUUCACUGUUUAUUAUCUCGCUUUGCGUACCUUAGUAAUUCUGAAUGCAAAGACGUGGCAAGUGAUACAAGGCACUCCAGUGUAGUUUAUGAUAAUGAUCAUGAAAUUCAUGAUUUUACUGGAUUAUUGCGGGCGGGCUUGUCAUGUGUCCAUUGACUGCUUGUAAUGGCAAUGUAAUUGAUAGAUUUUGUGAGGUCUAUAAAGGAAAAAUUUUUGCGGUAUCGGAUGAGGAAUCGGUCCGUAACUCAGGACAGUCGAUGAUGUUAUCAUGAGAGACUGAAAGAAUAUUUGUAAUUAGUAAUUAAAUUUUAUAUAUUUUGUUUUUAUUUUAUUUGAAUUCAUGUGAACAAUCCCCUGUAAAUAAAAAAGUAUGAGGGGUAUCCAUAGGUGUACAGUCUGUAAAUCAAGUUAUAUCGCCCCACCCGUUGAUGACUUCACUUUAUGCAUAUGUUAUUGAGAAGCUGAGAGGGGUUAUGGAAAAAUGAAGAGCUCUCAUUAUGAUAAAUAUUAUGAAUAAUUUCGAAAUUACUACUGUAAGGUAUUGAGAGUUUAAAAACAGAACAAAACCAUAAGAUUCUUAAUAAAAAAAAAAUGAAAUGCGACUGUUUAUAUACUUUUCCUAUCAAUUUGUAGAAUAAAGUUUAAGUUAUUCAGAUAAAUGCUAAUGGAAAA